GGGUUGGAGAUGGCUGCUGCUUCUACUGUUGUUCUUUUCCUUGGAACGAACCACCGCUGCGGAUGCUGCUUCGUUGGUUGUUGUUGUGCUGCUGCUGCUGCUGCUGGUCAUACAAGAACUGAUUUUGUUUUGGCUUAUCAUGUGUAAAUCAGUUUAUCUACUGGUAAUGAAAAGAACAGAGGUACGAUUCUCGUGGUUCGCUCUUAACGGUUAGGACAACUCAAGAAAAGUGAAUGCUUAGUUUUUUUUAAUAAAUUGUGCCUCGAUUAAUUAAUACAAAUACGUAUGCUUAGGGUGAAUUCGAUCGUUUAUUAGCCGCAAUGGUAAACGAUAAAGUUCCGGUGCAUCGUAGUUUUUAAAGGGAAACGAACACACACAAUCUGCAAAGGGGCGUUUGCAAAGAUGCGGCAGGCGGAGAGUGUAUUUGUCAAACGGACCGGUAAUAUUACUCUUGUUGUCUUAGUGGUAUUGUGUUGGAGUCCAGUGGCGCAGCUUAAGGGGCCGAGCAGUACGCAUGCCCAGGACACUGUAUCUGUUUCACUGCCGGGAGACAUUAUACUUGGCGGUCUGUUCCCCGUUCACGAGAAAGGCGAUGGUGCUCCAUGUGGACCAAAAGUGUACAACAGAGGAGUGCAGCGCCUUGAGGCCAUGCUGUAUGCAAUAGAUCGUGUAAACAAUGAUACCAACAUACUUCCCGGCAUAACCCUAGGGGUUCACAUACUGGACACCUGCUCCAGAGACACCUAUGCUCUGAACCAAUCUCUGCAAUUCGUGCGUGCGUCGCUUAAUAACUUGGAUACUUCUGUUUUUGAAUGUUCUGACACAUCCAGCCCGCAGCUGAGAAAAAAUGCCUCGUCGGGUCCCGUUUUUGGAGUAAUUGGCGGCUCCUACAGCUCAGUGUCCUUGCAAGUUGCCAAUCUGCUGCGCCUUUUUCAUAUUCCCCAAAUCUCGCCUGCAUCGACCGCUAAAACGCUGUCAGACAAAUCACGCUUCGAUCUGUUUGCUCGAACAGUACCGCCAGAUACCUUUCAAUCCGUCGCCCUCGUUGAUAUAAUCAAGAACUUUAACUGGUCCUAUGUAUCCACAAUUCAUUCAGAAGGCUCUUAUGGGGAGUACGGGAUUGAAGCGUUUCAUAAGGAAGCAACCGAGCGGCACGUGUGUAUAGCUGCUGCCGAAAAGGUGCCCAGUGCUGCCGAUGACAAAGUGUUCGACUCCAUUAUCAGUAAGCUUCAGAAGAAGCCGAACGCUCGCGGUGUUGUGCUCUUUACGCGCGCUGAAGAUGCGCGCGGCAUUCUGCAAGCAGCAAAGCGGGCCAAAUUGACGCAGCAGUUUCAUUGGAUUGCUAGUGACGGCUGGGGAAAGCAGCAAAAGCUUCUGGAGGGUUUGGAGGAAAUAGCAGAGGGAGCUAUUACCGUAGAGCUGCAGUCGGAGAUCAUCGAGGACUUCGAUCGCUAUAUGAUGCAGCUCACACCAAGGACCAAUAAGCGCAAUCCAUGGUUUGCUGAGUACUGGGAGGACACAUUCAAUUGCGUAUUGAAACAAGUUGCGACCGGAUUAAAUGCAAGCGCUAUACAGACCCAUACCGAUGCCAAGACCAAACAAACUUGCGACGAAAGCCUACGACUGUCCGAGAAAGUCGGAUACGAGCAGGAGUCAAAGACCCAAUUCGUAGUAGAUGCAGUGUAUGCAUUUGCGUAUGCACUCCAUAAUCUACACAACGACCGGUGCAAUACUCAAAACGAUCAAAAUACAGAGCAGCAAAAGCAUCAACACAGUGAAUCUGUGUGGUACAGGAAGCCAAUUGACAGCAAGUCCCAGGCAUGUCCCGAAAUGGCCAGCUAUGACGGAAAGGAUUUUUAUAACAAUUACCUGCUGAACGUGUCAUUUAUAGAUCUGGCUGGCAGCGAAGUGAAGUUUGAUCGCCAAGGUGACGGACUGGCCAGAUACGACAUUUUAAAUUAUCAACGUCUUGAGAACUCUUCAGGAUAUCACUAUAAGGUUAUCGGCAAAUGGUUCAAUAGUCUCCAACUGAAUUCGCAAACUGUAGUAUGGAAUAAGGCAGCUGAUCAACCAACAUCAGCCUGUUCACUGCCAUGCGAGGUGGGAAUGAUUAAAAAACAGCAGGGAGAUACUUGUUGCUGGAUAUGCGACAGCUGCGAAUCAUACGAGUACGUGUACGAUGACUUUACAUGCAAAGACUGCGGUCCAGGACUCUGGCCAUACCCCGACAAACUUUCGUGCUUUUCUUUGGACAUUCAGUAUAUGCGAUGGAAUUCCCUGUUCGCCCUUAUUCCCAUGGCCAUUGCCAUAUUGGGAAUUGCAGUGACCAUCAUUGUCAUAGUUCUGUUCGCCAAAAACCACGAUACGCCCCUGGUUAGAGCAUCCGGUCGGGAGCUUAGUUAUACUCUUCUAUUCGGCAUAUUGGUGUGCUACUGCAACACCUUUGCUCUGGUCGCUAAGCCAACUAUUGGCUCUUGCGUGCUGCAGCGGUUCGGUAUCGGCGUUGGGUUUUCUAUUAUUUAUAGCGCACUGCUCACAAAAACAAAUCGUAUUUCUCGCAUUUUCCACUCUGCUUCCAAGUCAGCCCAGCGCCUCAAGUACAUUAGCCCACAGUCGCAGGUGGUUAUAACGGCAUCGUUGAUAGCUAUUCAGGUACUGAUAACAAUGAUUUGGAUGGUGGUGGAGCCGCCUGGAACACGCUUUUCUUACCCAGACAGGACCGAGGUGAUACUGAAAUGCAAAAUACAGGAUAUGUCCUUUCUAUUUUCGCAGCUGUACAAUAUGAUUUUGAUUACAAUCUGCACAGUUUAUGCAAUUAAAACCAGAAAAAUACCCGAAAAUUUCAACGAAUCAAAGUUUAUUGGAUUCACCAUGUAUACCACUUGCAUUAUCUGGCUAGCCUUUGUGCCCAUUUACUUCGGUACUGGAAACUCCUACGAGAUACAAAUCACCACGUUGUGCAUUUCAAUAAGUCUUAGUGCUUCAGUGGCUCUGGUAUGUCUCUACUCACCAAAGGUAUACAUCCUUGUCUUCCAUCCGGACAAGAACGUGCGCAAGUUGACAAUGAACAGCACCGUCUAUAGACGAUCGGCCACAGCUGGGGCUCAGGGUCCGCCAACUAGUUCCGGAUACAGUCGUACACAAGCUCCGGGAAUAACAGUGCCAUCGGCUGGGGCUGGUACAGCAGGUACUACGGCGACUUCAACUGACCGGCCAUCGCAAAACAGCCCAAGGCCAGGCCUGGACUUGGACCUGGACCAAAGUCAAGCGGACAUUGUUCACAGAGGCAAUGCCAGUACCAGCAAAAAUAACGAUCCAGAUCCCGAAGAAUGCGACUACACUGAGCCAUCCUGUAUCCGAGUUAAGGACUAAAACUUCAAACCUGAAAUCCAGAACUCGCGACUUCAUUUUGAUCCCCGAUUAAUACAUUAAAAUAUCCAUACAAAUACCGAUAGCCGAAUUCAACAAUUUAAAUAUACAGCUUUAUCUGUGGGAAAUUUUAAAUUUGGAAUAGCUUUGAGUCUGCUACAUCGAGAAAUCAGUGUGAUCGUGCACAUGUCUUCAGAAAUAUCAUACGAUCCAAACAUUGACGAGUGGGCUAAUGUCAAAGACCCAUGCAUCUAGUCAAACUAGUCAAACUACCAAUGAAAUUUAAAAUUCUUGUUACCUCGGAACUCGUUUUAGUUAAGUUUUUAUAAAACUAUUACCUAUUAUUAUUCUAACUGAUUAUGUUUUAUUAUGAUAUACAUACAUAUGUUAAUCCUAUAAGAUUAUAUGUAUA